AUGAGCACUAAUCAAUUAAGUUCAAGAUUUAUUAAAUCAUUACAAGAUUUCAUUCAGUCAAAUAAAGAAUUUUCAAUUAUUUAUUCAACUACCACCAAUUUUAUUUCUUCAAAUAUUGAUAGAAUUUGUGUUUUAGAUUCAUCUUUUAAUCCACCACAUAAAGGUCAUUAUGCAUUAAUUGAAGAAAGUUUAAAAUUUAAUAACCACUCCAAAAAUAAAUCAAUAUUAUUAUUAUUAUCUAUUAAAAAUGCAGAUAAAUUAUAUAAACCAGAAUCAUUUGAUAAAAGAUUAGAAAUGAUGUAUUUAAUGGCUGAAAAUUUAAAAAUUAAAUAUAAUAAUCAUGUAAAUAUUUCAAUUGGUUUAACUAAUCAUGCUAAAUUUGUUGAUAAAUCAUUAUCAGUAUUAAAUUAUAUAACUUCAAAUCAUAAGGAUUUUAAUAAUAAUUUAAAAAUUACAUUUUUAAUUGGUUUUGAUACUUUAAUUCGUAUUUUCAAUCCAAAAUAUUAUUUACCUGAUAAAUUAUCAAAUAAAUUGGAAAAUUUUAUGAAAACUACUGAUUUAUUUUGUUUAACUAGAUUUGAUGAAAAUAUAACUACAAAUGAUCAACAAAGUGAAUAUGUAAAUGAUAUAAAACUGGGUAAAAAUGAAGAAAUUCCAUCACAUUGGUCUGAUAAUAUUCAUUUAAUUAAAAAUGAAAAUUUUGCAAAUAUAAGUUCAUCUGAAAUCAGAAAAGAUUUAGCUCAAGGUAAUAAAAAUUGGAAAGAUAAGGUUCUUCCAGAGAUUGA